AGUUACAGACACAGCCCCCGCUGGCGCAGCCUCUCUGAUUCUCUCUCCCUCUCCGCGUCCAGCGCUGGGCUUUUUCAGACAAGUGCAUCUGCUAACCAGGUCACAUUUCAGCCACGACCCACCCUCCGUCAGUCACUGGAGUCAGACAGCAGGAGGAGGGCUGAGGAGGACCGCAGCGCUUCGCCAGCAGCGCGGUGGAGGGAGGACCUCAAAUACUGCUGAAGUCCAGACGCCCCCCAGGUCCAAGCCCAGACCACGAUGCGCGCUCCGGGAUCCGGGCGGCUGGCUCUGCCGCUGCUCCUCCUCGCCGUAGUCGCUUUGGCUGAAGGCGACGCCAAGGGGCUCAAGGAGGGCGAGACCCCCGGCAAUUUCAUGGAAGACGAGCAAUGGCUGUCGUCCAUCUCGCAGUACAGCGGCAAGAUUAAGCACUGGAACCGCUUCCGAGACGAGGUAGAGGAUGAUUACAUCAAGAGUUGGGAGGACAAUCAGCAAGGAGACGAAGCUCUGGAUACCACCAAGGACCCCUGCCAGAAGGUGAAGUGCAGUCGUCACAAGGUGUGUGUCGCUCAAGGCUACCAGCGCGCCAUGUGUAUCAGCCGCAAGAAGCUGGAACACAGGAUCAAGCAGCCUUCUUUGAAACUCCACGGAGGCAAAGACUCCAUCUGCAAGCCCUGUCACAUGGCCCAGCUAGCUUCCGUCUGUGGUUCCGAUGGCCAUACCUACAGUUCAGUGUGCAAGCUGGAGCAGCAGGCAUGUCUGAGUAACAAGCACCUGGCGGUGAGGUGUGAGGGCCCCUGCCCCUGUCCCACGGAGCAGUCUACUGCGUCUACCACCGACAGCAAGUCAGAGACCUGCACAGGGCAGGACCUGGCCGACCUGGGGGAUAGGCUUCGUGACUGGUUCCAGCUCCUUCGUGAGAACUCGAAGCAGAAUGGCUCAGCCAGCAGCUCCUCUAGCCCUGCAGGGUUGGACAAGAGCCUAGGGGCCAGUUGCAAGGACUCCAUCGGUUGGAUGUUCUCUAAGCUGGACACCAGUGGAGAUCUCUUCCUGGACCAGACAGAACUGGCUGCCAUCAACCUGGACAAAUACGAGGUCUGCAUCCGCCCCUUCUUCAACUCCUGCGACACCUACAAAGAUGGCCGAGUCUCUACUGCUGAGUGGUGCUUCUGUUUCUGGAGGGAGAAGCCCCCCUGCCUGGCAGAGCUGGAGCGCACACAGAUCCAGGAGGCAGCCAAGAAGAAGCCAGGUAUCUUCAUUCCGAGCUGUGAUGAAGAUGGUUACUAUCGGAAGAUGCAGUGUGACCAGAGCAGUGGUGACUGCUGGUGCGUGGACCAGCUGGGCCUGGAGCUGACCGGCACACGCAUGCAUGGGAACCCUGACUGUGAUGACAUCGUGGGUUUCUCCGGGGACUUUGGAAGCGGUGUCGGCUGGGAGGAUGAGGAGGAAAAGGAGACAGAAGAGGCAGGCGAGGAGGCUGAGGAGGAGGAGGGUGAGGCGGGUGAGGCAGAUGACGGAGGCUACAUCUGGUAGAUGGCCCUCGAAGGCCUCGGCAGGCCAGGGUGCCGACGGCCAGAAAGACAGGCCAGAAGAGACCUGGACAGCAGCAGGCAACUUAGCAAAUGGAUCCGGAAGUCAGCGUGAAGGACCCUGGCUCCAGUGGGGACUGGAGAGUGUGGCUUGUGUGACUGGUGUGUGUGUGUGUGUGUGUGUGUGUGUGUGUGUGUGUGUGUGUGAUGUGAGUCACCUAGAGGUCCCUUCCUUCCUGUGGUUAUUUCUUUCCCAUUGUUAUCGAUGUUCAAAUGCACACUUUCACGCACAUGGACACACCAACAGACCAAAAUCAAUGUGAUGUGAUGCCCCAGAUCCUGUCCCUCAGGCCAACACCUCGACCCAGGUCCUGCCCUGCUCAAUCAACCUUACCCCCUCCUGCCUUUCUUCCUUCCUCUCCUGAGGCCAGAGAGGGAGGGCAGGAAGCUGGAAGCUGAGCAUCCUCCCCAAAUCGGGCUGAUUUGAUGUGAAAGCCCCACCAUGGUGUGUGGUGGUGAGGCAGGACCUGUUCACACAACAAGGCUUACCCUUCUGCUGACAUCCAGAGAGCUGCUUGUGGGUGUGUCCAGCCGUGACCUCUGGGCUGUACGUGGCUAAGGAUAGCUAUCCAUGUGGCCCAACACAAAACAGGAAACUUACUUAAAAAUAGGGUUUUUUGGGGCUGGGGAUUUAGCUCAGUGGUAGAGCGCUUACCUAGGAAGCGCAAGGCCCUGGGUUCGGUCCCCAGCUCCGAAAAAAAGAACCAAAAAAAAAAAAAAAUAGGGUUUUUUGGUUGCUGCUUUUGGGUUUUUGAUAAUUGGAUUGGGGAGUUCUUGAAUGUGGGCUUUGUAGAUGACAAUACUAUUACAACAUCAAAAGGUUGGACACACCCAAUAGGUUAUCUCUUAGCCUAGUCCUGAGUAACCAGAGAUAGCCCAGCAGAACAGGCAGAGACCAUGAGGCAGAGGAGGAGGGUAGGUCCCUUGAUACCAGGCCUCAGAUUAACCCAGUCAGCACCUGUUGCCUCCUGGGGCUCUAGGCUGCUUUCUUGGCAAAUGGGGGCUGUCAUCAUGCAGUUCAGUUUUGAGGGCUCGCAGCCAUGACCUCUGUUUCCUGGCAAGAGUCCCUUUGUCCUAAGGAGCAGAGGAACAGAAAGCAGCACACGUCUGCCCACCUCCUCCCUGACCCUGUAGGAAACGAUCCCCUCUUGUCCAGAGAAAGGUAUGUCUCUGAGAUCCUGUGAGAAAGCAUCAGGAAGCUGUGACUUCCUGUGCCCAGAGAUAGUCCUGGAGGAGAGGCCCCGAUACCUUAGUCCUCUCAACCAUGGCUUCCCUCUGUCUCAAGGGUCCCCAAGAUGGCCCUACUAGAGCCGUGCCCCAGACUCUAUUUAAAGCCCCACCACAUAUAUGAAUAGAGAGCAAUGUAUCAGAGGGGACCACACUGGGCAGCUAGGCCCUGAGGCCAUGCCUCAGUGUGAGGGGCUUUUACCCAGAUGCCCUGUGGGGUUUUGUGUGUUUAUUGAUUCCCACUGCACCCCCUCUCAAAGGAAAUUCCUUAAAAUAUUUGAUGAAGAAUUUCUUACCUGUACUUGGGCCACUGAUACCCUUUGGUAUGUGCGUGCGUGUGUGUGUGUGUGUGUGUGUGUGUGUGUGUGUGUGUGUGUGUGAGAGAGAGAGAGAGAGAGAGAGAGAGAGAGAGAGAGAGAGAACACCGAGGGCCACCCUGACGGCUAGGGAGAGUGAGGACAGCCCCCUGUGUGGUGGAAGGCUGGGCAGCUACUGGGGUUCUUGUGCUAGGGUUUCCAGGACAAAGCCCCAGUCUGGCUGUCCCCCAGCAUCUCAGGGGCACUAGCUGGUUACAUCCACUGAGUGUGGACUUUAGGGAAGAGCCUCAUCCUUCCCAUCCCUUCCCGCCACCCUGGAAUGGCCACCUUCCUUGUCAUCUCCUGGGGCAAAUACAGAAAUGCCACUAAGCUCCAUAAAGUGCUUCUCAUUCCACAACACAGUUCUGACUCUCCGGGUGACUGUCCCUGAUCCCAUCCCCUUCCUCCUCCCUCCCUUCCUCAGGCCUCUGCAACCAUCCUCUGGUCCCUGGCUCAGUCACAUCAGCCCUCUGCAUUAUAGAAGCAGCCAUCCCUCCUCCUCCUCCUCCUCCUCCUCCUCCUCCUCUUCCUCCUCCUCCUCCUCCUCUUCCUCCUCCUCCUCCUCCUCUUCCUCCUCCUCUUCCUCCUCCUCCUCCUCCUCUUCCUCCUCCUCUUCCUCCUCCUCCUCCUCCUCUUCCUCCUCCUCCUCCCCUUCCCCCACCCCCUCCUCCAGCUGGAGUUACUUGAAACUUCCUGCUCUCGAUAGGACGGAGUCUGAUUCUUCCUCUGCCGUAGCUGGAUUCCCAGAACAUCCCGGGUAGCUGUGAAGGAUUUCAGACUUUCUGGGGUGGGGAUGGGGUGUUGUGGAGGAAGAAGCAUCCCCUUCUUUCGCCCUGCCCCACUGAGGGGGCUGUGCUCUGUGUGUCCCUGGAUCUUCUGGUUUUGUAUCUGACUUUGUAAAUAUGUUUUAGGAAGAAAGCAGAAGGUAUGGAGCUUGACUGUGGCAGGCCUCAGGGGUCCAGAAGUUUGUCCCCCUCUAAAGUGUCCCCCCCGUACUGCCCUUCGCCCCCACUGAGACUGAGUCUCACAAGGGUAGACAGAGCAGUUGUCCCUGGUGGGGCCGAAGGUCCCCAAGUAGCUUCUGGUUUCCUCAGGAACGAGGUCCCAGGCCAGACUAUUGUCAGUCCUAAGGCCUCAUCCUUGAAUAAGCUGCCUACCCAGUUCCCCCAUGCUCCUGCCUGCUCUCGCUCCCUUGCUAUGGGCAGGAGAGCUAGGGCUGUGCUGGAAAGAGUUCAGCCAAACUACAGCAGCACCCCGCCUUGCCGGGCCCUGGAGCUGCCCUACUAAGACCCUCCAUAGCCCUUGGGUGCUGGGAGGGAUGGCGUAAGUUGGGGCAGUUUGAGGUUGGAGGGAGUAAAUGUGCCUUGAGAGACACUCAGAGGUCCCAGGGAGCUCUGGCAGGAGGCAAAGUUGGUGAGAGAGUCAUGGGACAUCUUGACUUCCCUCCAGUGUUUCAUAGGAGUCCACGUGAUGGGUGGGCACAGGUCCGUCCUUACUCCGGCCCCCUCCCUCCCCUGGUUUGGGUUGGUACCCGUCUGGCUUUUCUUGAGCUUUAUCUGCUUUCGGCUUCUCCUCUAAGUGGGUAGAUGGGGUCUUUUGAUAUCGGCUCCCCAAAGCCUGAGCCCACAGGCCUGGGAGAGAACCAGGGGCCCGUCUUUGAUACCUGGGUCAUCACGAACCCUUCUGCCUGCAGUUGUCCCAAGGAAGGACCUGGGGGUGCAAAAGGAGAUUCAAGACAUCUGUAACAAGUCAGGCAGAGCAACCCGCUUCUUAGCCCGUGUCCCACUUAAACUGAGCUUAGAGUUAAACAUUGUGGUCAAGUGCUUGGGUUCCGUCUGUAGAUUUAAGUGCUGACGUUGUAUUUCCCAGUAAUCUUAGAUGUCUUUUGAAAAACUGAACAAGUGUUAGACCUGUGUGUGCGUUGGUGGGCACUCAAGCAUCCCAUGGGUGACCCCGUUCUCUCCCCUUCCUCCGUGACACAUCCACUCCUGCCCCGCCCACCCCCACUUGCCUCCACCCGGGGCCCCUCACUUUGCUGUGGUCUUUAUCUGCCUGUUACUCAGCCUAAGGAAACAAGUUCACUCUACACACGCAUAAAAGAAAGCAAAUGUUAUUUUUAAGAAAAUGGAAAAUAAAAACUUUAUAAACAUCA